AUGUCAAAGCCAAACAUCUUGGCCCAGCUGCCGGAGGAGCUGCUGCAAGAUAUCUUGGAGCGGCUUUAUAAGUCGGACUUGACGGCUUUGAACGUCGCUUCGAGAUGGUGUUAUCAAGUUGCGACGCCGUUGAUUUGGAGGGAGGUGGAGUUGGUGGAUUGUCGGACGGUGCAUGAGGAGGGGACGGAUGAGCAUGACGAUGGGGGAAUUUUGAGGAAGUUGUUGUUGCUUGCUAGCAAGCCGAACCUCGCGACAUCCGUUCAUACCCUCACACAUCGAUGUCAUCUUCCUCCACCGGCGAUCUUCUCUGAGCUGCCGUACAAUACCUUCAGCGCGCAGACUUUAUCGACAGACCCGAGAACCAUCAGACUUGUCCAACAUGCCGUGGCUCAAAUGACGCACGUGCACACGCUGCGCAUCAUCCUGGGUCAUCCGUCUUUGACUGAUGCGCUUUUGCGGUGCUUCUUCGACUCCAAUCGCUCCUCGCCAGGAAGUGGCUGUAAUCCAGUUCGCAAGCUCUGGUUGGAGAACUGUCGAAUCAGUGCAGGUCUAAAUCCAUCGCUGGAGUCACAUCUAUAUUGGCUUCCGUUGAAGCUCGACUUCAGUGGUCUGGAGUCUGUGCGCUUUCGACGGCUGCCUAUGCGACCGGCCAGCCCUUUGGACUGGUCGAGAGCUGGCAUCGUCUACGCGCGAGGCGGCCGGGGACGAGAAUUACAAGACGGCACGGGAGGGCAGUAUGUCACAACACUCAACGACUUCAGCGAAGAGUCCAGAGCCGGCAAUGAUCACCUCAUGUGGUUGGAGAAUCGAAGAGUCUACCGCCCUCCGAACGGCGAGCCGGUGUCUGAUCUUGGCCCCUCUCCUUUGGAAGCACUCUACGAACAUGCAAGCCGUUGGGACGACAUUAUCUACUCAAACCUACCCGUCACGGCAGACCUGUCUCUUCCAAACGAUGUGGAGGAGCUCGUUUCUUUGUCAUCAUACGAUCGAGCCGUCAUGGCUUAUCGCGGACAAUCGCUAGACUGUGGUGCUCCCAACAACCCCGGAGAGCGCGCCUACCCAUUUCCUCUGCACAGAGACAGGUUGUUGACGCGGAAUAGGGCUUACAAGACAAUGCAACGAGAAACAAUUCCUUCUUCGACUGCUGCCGUGAUGAUGCUUUCCAGUGCAAGCGCCACGCUCACGUCACUGACGCUGGACUGGGUACUCAACAUCCCGCCCAUGAUAGGCCCGUCUAUCGACCCGAAGUCGUACAUGUCUUGGACAUCGAUGUACCUCGACCUCUUCAGCUGUCGCUUCCCACAUCUUCGAGCGUUUCAGUUCAGGAACUGCGUGGUCCCAGAUACACUAUUGCUGCCUGGAUUCUAUCUCCUAGACCGCUCUUUCCGAGCCGCAAACGAUAUUGCCGGAGUUCCAAUCUCAAUGCUGCACAACAAGAAGGACGGUCAAGCCUCGUCUCCGGAUCUCGCGGGCCUGGCGUUUAUGGAGGCUCAUCCGAAGUUGCAAUGUUUGGCUUGGCCCAUGAAUCAUUUCUUUGCACCCGGCGAGAUAUCUCCAGAUAUCGCUCCAAGGAUUCAGGCUGUGGUUGAGACCCUUGGUCGGACUCUCACGGAUUUGAGGAUCGACAGUCUUUACUCUGGGUCGGGAGAGCCACAGAGUGAGGCUUUCAUCUGCCCAGACCACGGUGCCAGAGCGAGCCGAAGAAAGUUUGUCACGGGCUUUGCGAUCAAGAUGAAGAAGCUUGAAAGCAUCAAAAUCGAAGGCGGCAUGCCGCGUGACGAGCGUCGUGAAGUUAUUCGAGCAUUACAUGGCAGCCCGAUAAAGAAGAUCGUCAUGAUUGGUGUUUGUAGUCCGCUGGGCAACACUUGGGGUCACGAAGGUACAGACGUGGGACAGUCGCUCGUGAUGGACAGCGAGCUCGACGGCCUAGAAGCAGAAGAGAAGCCUACCGUCUUCGAGAUCGGACCUACCAAACCACAGCCGCCACCGCCCAAUUUCAAGUACAACUUCGAAUACGGAUGGGAAGGCAGUGCGCCGAUGCUGCACACCAUAGCAUCCUUCCACGCCGACACCAUCCGCGAGCUCAAGUUCUGCGGCUACAAGGGCGCACCAGUGCUCCUGUCCCCAACACCCAUCACGACUCCGCUGCUGGCAGCUCUCAAACACUUCCACAACCUCGAAUCAGUCAUCAUGAGCAUGUACCUCACCACACUCUUCGAAGGCGCCCCACGAGACAGCGACAUCAUCUCCUACUGGCUGAACAGCCGCACGCCCACCUCCACUGCCCUCGUACACAUCACCGACGAAGAACCCGAAGGCUGGGAGAAGGAACUCCGCACGAAGUUCGCGCCAGAUGCACUUGCUUGGCAGAUCACUAAUUUCGUCGCGCCGUUCUUGAGUGAGACGGCGAAGAAGAGGGUUGGAGGGGUCCACGUCAGAGCGAGUUUCUGCAUCGGGGAAAAUGGGGGUCUGUUCGAUGUGGAUCUUUGGGUUGGGAAGGGAGUGCUGGGGAGUGAUGUUUGUCUGGGGUUUAAGGGCCCUCGAGAGGAGAUGGAGGAUGAGAGACGGAGGGGUAAGUUGGAGAAGAGGCGGUGGUUCUAA